AUGGUUUCAAUCAACGAGAAGACAGGAGACACUAUCGAUGCUGUCACACCAGUCAGCGAAGCCCCUCAGAGAGAUAGUUUUGAUGAGAAAGUUUCCAUCGACGAAGUAGCGAGACAACUCAACGCAACCCCCGAAGAGGUCCUCGAGGCUAGAGAACUUUCCCGCGCACUCUCCCUCGAGGAAGUCAAAGAAUCUGCCGAGAGGCUGGUAAAUCAACAUGGCCUUGACCCCAACUUCCCAGCGGGAGCCCUGGAGCGCCUGAAAGAGUUUCUCGCCAAUGAUGACGCUUUUACCAAUCCGGACUCGCACAGCCGCGAGAUCUCCGAAGCAAAGAUUGAGGUCGCUCUGUUGACGAACAACAGUCCCUAUGCCGAGGUUCGCGCCGUGGUCGACCCCCAUGAUGAUCCAAGUAUGCCUGUGGCUACGAUUCGCGCCUGGACUAUCGGCCUCUUCUUUGUCGUCUUCAUCGCCUUCAUCAAUCAGCUUUUUAGCGUGCGUCAGCCCUCAAUCACUUUGCGGGCUGAAGUCGUCCAACUGCUCGCCUAUCCAGUUGGCAAGGCUGCCGAGAAAUGGCUUCCUGACAUCGGUUUCACGUUGUUCGGGAUUCGACACAGCCUCAAUCCUGGACCAUUCAAUAAGAAAGAGCACAUGCUCAUCUCGAUUAUGGCUAGUGUGGGAAAGACUCUGCCGAGUUCGAAAUACAUUAUCUUUACCCAGUGGAUGGAUCGUUACUUCGGCCAGAAGUACGCCAAGCCAUUUAGCUACCAGAUCUUGCUGGCUCUCUCGACCAAUCUGAUGGGCUUCGGACUGGCCGGUCUAUGCAGAAGAUUCUUGGUCUAUCCAUCUUUCUGCCUGUGGCCGGCAUCUCUUGUCACUAUCGCUCUGAAUAGCUCUCUGCACAAUGAGGCAAACCAUCCAGUACCCGGCCCUUUCAAGAAAAUCUACAACAUGUCACGGUACCGCUUCUUCAUGGCUGCCUUCGGUGCUAUGUUCGUCUGGUUUUGGUUCCCCGACUACAUUUUCGGCGCUCUAUCCCUGUUCAACUGGAUCGCCUGGAUCGCUCCCAACAACUUCACCCUUGCCGCCAUCACCGGCGUCAACAAGGGUCUCGGCUUCAACCCCAUUCCCACCUUCGACUGGAACGUCGCCACCCAUGUCGUGCAGCCUCUUGUGGUCCCUUUCCGCGUCACUCUCAAUACUUUCAUCGGCGUGUUUCUAGGUGGUAUCACAAUCAUCGGUCUUUACUGGACCAAUGCGUACAACACGGCCUAUCUCCCCAUCAACUCGAACCUGAUGUACAAUCACUUUGGUGGCUCGUAUAAUGUUUCAAAGAUCUUGGAUGGUCGGGGAUGGCUUGACGAGGCUAAGUACCAGACAUACUCUCCAGUGUAUCUCGCCGCCAGCAGUAUCACCAUGUACUACUACUUCUUCGCCGUAUAUGCCGCGACGGUUUCCUACGCUAUCCUCUACCAUCGCCACGACAUUGCACUUGGAUUCCGGAGCUUGUGGUGCAGCUUCAGGAAAGAAGCGUCGAGUGACUUCAAAGAUGUUCAUACGAGGUUGAUGUCCAACUACUCUGAAGUUCCCGAGUGGUGGUAUCUUAUUCUGAAUUUGGCCGCCAUUGCUUUUGGCGUUGCUGCUGUUGCUGCUUGGUCAACCGAGACCAGCGUCGGUGUUGUAUUCUUCGGCAUUGCACUCGCCUUAGUUUUCGUCAUUCCAACUGGCAUCAUCUUUGCAACUACCGGUAUGGAAGUCGAAUUCAACGUUCUUGCCGAAUUCAUUGGAGGUGCCUGGGAACCUGGCAAUGCUCUAGCUAUGAACUUCUUCAAAUGCUUCGGCUAUGUCACUACGGCUCAUGCUCUUGACUUUGCUAAUGACUUGAAGCUUGCACAUUACCUCAAGAUCCCCCAGAGGCACACAUUCGCCGCCCAAGUUGUUGCCGUAUUUGUCUCGGCGUUUGUCUGCACUGGCGUCAUGAACUUCCAGAUUAGCAACAUCCCCGACCUUUGCUCAACCAACCAAAAGGAUCGUUUUACCUGCCCAGGUGUAAACACGUAUUUUACCGCUGCCGUCCUGUUCGGUAGCUUGGGCGCAAAAAAGGUCUUUGGCUCUGGUGGUAUCUACACAGCCCUCCUCUCGGCUUUCCCGGUCGGAUUUGCACUUCCGUUCAUCUUCUACUAUUUCCAGCGAAAGUUCCCCCGUACCCACUGGUUCGCCAAGAUCCACCCAGUGAUGAUUCUCAGCGGCGGCAUCAGCUGGUCUCCUUACAAUAUUGCUUACAUGUGGCCGGCCGUCCUACCGGGUUGGUUGAGCAUGGUGUAUCUCCGCCAACGCUACCUUGCGUUCUGGUCCAAGUACAACUAUGUCUUGUCGGCGGCUUUCUCGACAGCCAUUGCUAUUGCUGGCGUCAUCAUCUUCUUCGCCGUGAGCUAUCACGGGUUUGAAAUCAACUGGUGGGGCAACGACUCGGAGAGCGGAUGCGAAUCUACUGCUUGCACGCUGCUCAAGCUGCCCAAGGGCGAGGCCCGGAGAGCCAAGUGUGACGAGGCAAGACCAGCUUGUCGACGGUGCAGCAUCACAGGCAAGGUCUGCGAUGGCUACGGCGGUGAAGGCGGCGGCGGCUCAGCGGCCCGCAGACCCUCUCUACUACUCAUGCAAACCUCAUCCCCGCCGCGAUGUGACACGCAUGCCGGCUUAGCGGGGCUGAGCUCGACAGGCAGACUUCACUUCGAAUGGUUCGUGAACCGGACUAUGAGCCAGCUGCCCGGCGUCUUCAACUCGCCAUUCUGGAAGACCAUGGUGCUUCAAUCCAGCUCAACGGAGCCCGCUAUACUCUAUGCAAUCCUCGCCUUGAGCGCCGCUCAUGAGACCGCAAGUACAGAGACGUGCAUAAUCAAACGGGAGCCAUCAAGCUCGCCACCUACAGAUUCCCAGGAACACCUCAGCUUGCAAUACUACAAUAAGUCUAUCUACUACUUACAAAAGCACCUCCGCAUACCAAGCACAGAAUCAAUUCGCAUCGUCCUAGUUGUCUGCACGGUGUACGUAUGCUUGGAGUUCAUGGAGAGGCGAUACAAGAGGGGAUUCGUUCACUUCAAACAUAGCCUCCACCUUCUGGAAAGCUUGCUGAAAUCAGCUGCUCCGUCAUCCUCGGGCGAUCCAGUGGACGAGUGGUUCGUCGACGUUAUACCCCGACUUGAUAUCCAAGCAACGCUUCUCACAAACGAGUUCUACCAAGGGUCCGGUACGAAGCAUAGUUCUAUAUGGCCACCACUCCCUCAGCUCUUCCAGUCAAUCCGGGACGCCAGCCAGAGUCUCGACGGCCUCUUGGUGAGAGCAUACCAGCUCCAGAAAGACGGUGCCGCGACUGGGCCUGCAGAGGAUGCAGCCGAUAUCUUUGAGCUGCUCGCUACACAACAGACUCUUAGGAAUGAUCUUGAAUCGUGGAUACAAGCUUUUGAUGUGUUCAAAGCAAGAACGUGGAACUUUGUAACAGAUCGCGAGAGGAUCGCCUACGGGCCGCUACCGAUUUACCACACCAUGGCAUACGUCAUCACCAACACUUCUCUCAACCCUGGUAACGAACUCAUCUUUGACCUGUACACGAGUCACUUUGCGUCAGUCGUGAGCUCGGCGAGAUCAACUCUCGACGCAGCGUCAUCUACAUCUUUACCGACCCCUGCUGCUGAUUCGUCGCCGGAGGAUUGUAAGCAUCAAACCGAGCACGCCUUCGAAACCGGUCUUGUCCCGCCUUUAUUCUUCACGGCCGUCAAGUGUCGGGUACCCAGGAUCAGACGACAGUCGUUGGAACUUCUCCUGGCUUCUCAACGGCAAGAAGGCAUCUGGGAUGCCGUAUUAUCAGCGCGCAUAGCAAAAGAGGUGAUGAUCCUCGAAGAACGGGGCCUUUACGAAGGGGACAUUGAUGAGAAAAGGGAGUCCCCGGAUUUUGUCAUCCCAAUCUUGCCAGGGCCACCAAGGAUACACAAGCUUUGGAUCGAGUUGCCUGAAGAACCACCUGGAGACAUCCUUCUCAGUAUCCAAAGGAUCUUGCCUGGUGGCAAGCGGGAGACGCUUGCAAGAAAAUUUCACGCGGAAAACGGCUUUUGGACUUCGAUUCCUCUAACAUUACGUGUCGCCAAGGCCACCGAAUUGGCGAAGUAA